GUUAAGAAUUAAAAAGUAUUCAAGAUGAAGACCAGUACUAGUCAAGGGAACUUUAUUCUCUGUCUCCACUGUCUGUGCUUUUAUCAAGACGAAAAUCGAAUUUUCUUUUGAGUAGAGAAACAUAUGAUGAGCUGCAAAAUUCAAAGUUGCUCUCUCUUCUCCAUCUUUUUUAAGCUGUUACUCUUGAUGGUCCUUUCAGUUCUCCCUACUUCAAGCUCUUGCCCAACUGAAUGUGGCGGAAUCCAGAUCCCAUACCCUUUUGGAACAAGAGAUGGUUGCUAUCUCGAGAAGUCUUACAAGAUCAAAUGUCGUAGUACCACUUCUUCAAGAAAACAAGUUCCUUUCCUCUUUGUAAGUGGCCAAGAUGUAGAAGUAGUAAAUAUCUCUCUUUCGAGUGAAGGACGAUUUUUUACUACUUCUGAUUUUAGAUCAAUUCAAUUCGUUCGACGUCUGUCAUUUGGUUUAGUCCGUGUGAAAAUCCCGAUAACAUCUGUAGGAUGUUUAAGCGACAAAAAAAUGUCUACAGGAAAAAUAAUGAACUUGACCGGUAGCCCUUUUUUCAUUGACGACGUAAACAGCUUCAUAGCGGUUGGUUGCAACGCCAAAGUGUCGCUCACGCAUAUAAAGCCAAGCAUGGUGGGAUGCGAGUUGACUUGCAAUACAGGCAAAGACAAACCUAGCAAGAACAUCCCUUUUCUUGACAAAAUUGGGUGCUCUAACAACAGUCUGUCUUAUAAGUACGCGGAUUGUACAGAAAACAAACCAGACGAAGAACUUGAAUGCAAUGGUAAUGGAUGUUGUCAGGUCAAGCUAACUAACGAGCCUCAACAAACUCUUGGUAUAAAGAUAGAGAGCAUUGGUGGGAACUUGACGACAACAACAAGAGAAGAAGAUUGUAGAGUGGCCUUCAUUACAGAUGACGUCUACACUUUGUCCAAAGCGAGAAAACCAGAUGAGUUAUUUGGUAAGAGAUAUGCUACGGUUACUCUAGGCUGGGUGAUCCAGACGAAGAAUCCUUCAUUCCUUCCUUCUUUGCGCUGUGACAACAGAAAAGAGUACCAACAUACUACUCACUCUAGUGAAUCCGACAUGAAGUGCAUAUGCGACAAUACCACCAUUUCUAAUGUUAGUUAUGCACAUUGUGGAUGCACGGAGGGUUACACAGGAAACGCAUAUAUCAAAGGCGGAUGCAAAGACUUUAAUGAAUGCAACAUCACAUCCUCAAUAUGUGGAGAAGGAUACAGUUGUGUGAAUACUCAAGGAAGCUUCCGCUGCGUGGCAGAUAAGAAAAAAGCAAUACUCAUUGGGGUGGGUGCAGCUUUUGGUGUGUUAGCCCUAGUCGGUGGACUUUGGUGGUUGAGAAAGUUAUUUAUAAAGAGAAAAAUAACAAAGAGAAAGAAGAAGUUCUUCAAACGUAACGGGGGACUACUGUUGCAACAAGAAGUAAACACAAGUGAAGGCAAUGUCGAAAAGACGAGAAUCUUCAGCUCGAGAGAGUUGGAGAAAGCCACUGAAAACUUCAGCGAAAACAGAGUUCUUGGACAGGGAGGUCAAGGCACUGUGUACAAAGGUAUGCUGGUAGAUGGUAGGACCGUGGCAGUCAAGAAAUCCAAAGUCAUUGAUGAAGACAAACUACAAGAGUUCAUCAACGAGGUUGUGAUUCUCUCUCAGAUCAACCAUAGACAUGUAGUCAAACUCUUGGGUUGUUGUCUUGAGACCGAAGUUCCUACCCUGGUUUAUGAGUUUAUCCUCAACGGAAACCUUUUCAAGCAUAUCCAUGAAGACUCUGAUGAUUACAUUAUGAAAUGGGCAAUGCGUCUACGCAUUGCUACAGACGUGGCAGGAGCUCUCUCUUAUCUUCAUUCUUCCGCAAGUUCUCCCAUAUAUCACAGAGAUAUCAAGUCGACGAACAUAUUACUAGACGAGAAGCACCGAGCCAAGGUGGCUGAUUUUGGAACAUCAAGGUCAAUAACCAUAGAUCAAACCCAUUGGACAACUGUUGUUUCAGGUACAGUUGGGUAUGUGGAUCCAGAAUAUUACCGGUCCAGCCAGUAUACAGAUAAGAGUGAUGUUUACAGCUUUGGAGUCCUACUAGCGGAACUUAUAACCGGAGAUAAGCCUGUCAUAAUGGUGCAAAACACUAAAGAAAUAGUAAGCUUGGCUGAGCAUUUCAGGGUUGCAAUGAAAGAAAAGAGACUUUCUGAUAUUAUGGAUGCCAGAAUAAAAGAUGAUUGCAAACUGGAACAAGUAAUGGCAGUGGCAAAACUGGCCAUGAAGUGCUUGAGCUCGAAAGGAAAGAAGCGUCCGAAUAUGAGAGAAGCUUUUAUGGAGUUGGAGAGGAUAUGUACUUCUCCAGAGGAGUCACACGUGCAGAUUCAGGAUGAAGAAGAAGACGAAGAGGAUGAAGAAGAAGUUAGGAAUAUGAUAAACAGAGGAGAUUCUUGGAGCGUUGGUAUAACUGCUCAAGCCUUGGUUUCAUCUUCUUCUUCUCCAGAGGUUGAACCACUAUUCCCACAUGCUGACUCAAUCAUAUUCAAGUAGUAGUGAACAGAUUUGAUGAUCUUGUUAACACGUUUGGGCUAUAACUGUUUUAGAAUUUAUGUUGAAAGUCUGAGUUUCUGCUUAUGAUUGCCGUAGUGUUAAGACAUGUUUUUUUUCCUAUUUUAUGGUUGUGUAUGAGACUAUGUUGAACAAUCUUUGACCUUUUUCUUCAGAUGUUGAAACAGUAUUCUCUUUCUUACUGCUACUUUAUCUCG